AUGGCCAAACGCCCAGCCUCGAGCCUGGAGGCCGGAGAGGUCCUCAGCCAGAGUGACCAGGCGAGUAGCAAGCGACCCAGGCAGGACGAGUCGGAGCCCCCCAAGGAUGGCCAGCCACGGCCCAUGCAGCCGAACUCGUCCGAGUCAAUGCCCAGCCUGACAGACUUCGUCCCUUGGAAGUCUUCAGAGAUCUCUUCACAGCUGCCUCCGCUGCCGCAGGUCAAGGACCCGGAAUUGGAGAAGAGGGCAUUCACUCACCCUGGCGUUCCCCGAAACGGUGAGGAAAGCUACGAACGGCUAGAGUGGCUCGGCGACGCGUACAUUGAGCUCGCGGCCACCGGCCUGAUCUUCAAGACAUUUCCGAAGACUCCUGCCGGCCGCUGCUCCCAGCUGCGUGAGCUGCUGGUGCGCAACACCACACUCGCUGGGUACUUCCGGGAAUACAACAUGUCAUCGAAAGCGAUCCUCCCUACGGAGUUUCAUGGUGAUCGUGGUUUGGGACGGGGCAGAUCGAGCGACAAAGACCUGUGCAAAACGCAGGCCGACAUGUUUGAGGCGUACUUUGGCGCCGUGGUCGCGUCGGACCCUCAACACGGCAAGGCCGUUGCUCUAGCCUGGAUACGAACACUCUGGGGUCAAACGCUCAAGGAGAAGAUUGUCGAAUACGAAACGAAGCAUGGUGCAUCGGCCGGUGCCAGCGCAGUGGCAUCAGCCCCGGCGUCCAAGGCAACUCCGGCCCCAUCCGACGCCAACGCGAAGCUCAACCCCAAGGACAGGCUGCGGGCGGCCAUUGGUGCAAAGGGCGUCCUGAUCAGCUAUCUCGACAUACCGGGAAACAAAAAGGACAAGAACAACGGCUUGCCGCUCUACACAGUCGGUGUGUACCUUGACGGCUGGGGCGAAAACAAGAAGCUCCUGGGCACCGGCACGGCGCUGCAGAAGAAGGAGGCGGGACACAAGGCAGCAGCCCAGGCGCUGGAGAACAAGAAGCUCAUGAGGGUGUACGAGACAAAGAAGAAGGCGUUCCAAGAGGCCCUUGCGGCUGCGCAGGAAAGCGAAACCCCCAGGCCAUAG